CUCACACACACAGACCGGUGGAGGAAGAGCUGACGGAAGGUGUGACUCCCUGCGGCUGAGCCUCUACUCCAGCAGGUGGACACCAUGAACUACGUGGGGCAGCUGGCGGGCCAGGUGCUGGUGACAGUAAAGGAGCUGUAUAAGGGGCUCAAUCAGGCCACUCUGUCGGGCUGCAUCGACGUGAUUGUGGUCCGACAGCCUGAUGGGACGUUCCAGUGCUCCCCUUUCCACGUCCGCUUUGGAAAACUGGGGGUGCUUCGCUCCAGGGAGAAAGUAAUUGACAUAGAAAUCAAUGGGGAGCCUGUGGAGCUGCACAUGAAGCUUGGAGACAAUGGAGAGGCCUUUUUUGUGCAGGAGACGGAGAAGCACAAUGAGAUUGUCCCAGCCCACCUGGUGACCUCGCCCAUCCCUACAGAAGAGGCCCUGCUCUGGAGCAGUGACCCCAGAUGUGGUGGAUCAGCAGCAGAGAACACUCAGCCUCUGAGUCCAGAAGACUCUGCUUCUGGAAACCUCCCACCCUGCUUCAGCACAGCCGGGAAAAAGAAGAGGAGACGCAGGAGGAAGCACAAGGCUGAGCCACGCAAAGAGGAGCAAAGCACACCUGCAGGCGGGGAGCUGGAGCUGUGUGAGCUCAGUUCAGAUGAGGAGCACAACACGCACAAUGGACGGGGAUCUACACUCUCCGUGAUGAAGGACAAUAUGGACCACAGGCAACAUUCCCCCCUUACUGCCCUCGAGUGGGACAGCUACCCUUUCUCUGAUGGAGACUGGUCCCCCUGCACUGCCAGGGAGAUGUCGGAGCCCACGUCGCCCAAGAGUGACUCUGAACUGAUGGUGAAGCCGGGAGAGAGCAUGCUCAGGGCCGAGUCCCACAUUCAGUGGACCUGGGGAGAGUUUCCAGAAUCCACCAGGGUCAACAAAAAGGACAAAUCAGAGCCAAAGACGCUGACCAUCACUCCCUCUGAGAACACACAUUUCAGGGUUAUCUUGAGCACAGAAGCCAUGGAGGAGAGGGACGAAGAGAGAGCCACUGAUCCCAUUUGCAGUAUUGUAAAGCCAGAGCCUCGGACCAUCAAAGCUGAUGAGCGCAGCUGCAAACCACAGCCCCCUGAAGCUUCAUCGUGCAAUACAAACAUUACCAAGCACAAGCAGGAUAUUUCAGAUUUAAUGUCAAGCAGUUUUACCUCUGAGGCCAUUUCCACGAACUCUGACCUCAGCCUAAAAAACACACGCAAGACCAGGUGGACGUCUUCGCCACCCAGCCGCAGGAGCAGCGGCUCUGCUGCCAGUGGAGGCAGUAACAUGGCUGGAGACUCGGCAGCAGCUUGUCCUGAAUCAGGCGCCUCCUCUAAAGCCACCGACUCCCCUGCCAAGAGGAGAGGUGUGAGGAAGAGGAGCCAACAUCAGGGGCCUGAAGAUAUUUACCUGGAUGACCUGAAUGCACUUGAACCUGACGUUGUUGCCCGGUACUUCCCAAAAAGUGAGUCUGAGCAGGUUCCUAAACACUGGGUUGAGAUGGGGAGGCGCUCUGGAUCCCAGUCCCCCCAGUCUGUAGGCAGUGCAGCAGCAGACAGCGGCACCGAGUGUCUGUCUGACUCUGCUGGUGACCUGCCUGACGUCACCCUGUCGCUGUGUGGAGGCGUUGCUGAGAACUCAGAGAUCCCUAAAGAAAAGUUCAUGGAGCACAUCAUCACCUACAAUGAAUUUGCAGAGAAUCCAGCAAUCAUUGACAAUCCCAAUUUGGUGGUGAAAAUUGCAAACAGGUAUUAUAACUGGACACUGGCCGCACCGUUGAUACUAAGUAUGCAGGCUUUUCAGAAGAACUUGCCAAAGGCUACAGAGGAGGCCUGGGUAAAGGAGAAAAUGCCAAAAAAGUCUGGACGCUGGUGGUUCUGGAGAAAGAGCAGCGUUAAGCAGUUAUCAUCAGAGACCAAGUUGGAGAGACAGGAAUCCAGAGAGAGCCCUGCCCUUCACCAGGCCCCAGAAACACAGCAAAAAACAGCAGAGUGGUCGAGCGACGAUGAGACUAAAGAGCUGAACGCUGUGGCACCUGCUCUGCCGCCUACUGAGCACGUGCAGACACAGGGCCCAGCACCAGCGCCCUGUCACUCCUACAAGAAGUCCCUCCGUCUGUCAUCUGAGCAGAUAGCCAGCCUGAAGCUGAGGGAGGGGCCUAAUGAUGUCACUUUCAGCAUAACCACUCAGUAUCAGGGGACAUGUCGCUGCGAGGGCACCAUCUACCUGUGGAACUGGGACGACAAGGUCAUAAUCUCUGACAUCGAUGGCACCAUCACCAAAUCAGAUGUGUUUGGUCAGAUUCUGCCUCAGCUCGGAAAAGACUGGACUCAUCAAGGCAUCGCCAAGCUUUACCACUCAGUGCAUGAGAAUGGUUACAAGUUCCUGUACUGUUCGGCCCGAGCAAUCGGCAUGGCUGACAUGACCCGAGGAUAUCUGCACUGGGUGAACGACAGAGGGACUCUCCUCCCUCAAGGACCCCUCAUGCUCUCUCCCAGCAGCCUCUUCUCUGCCUUCCACAGAGAGAUCAUCGAAAAAAAGCCAGAGAAGUUCAAGAUCGAAUGCCUCACAGACAUCAAGAACUUGUUUUUCCCAAACACACAUCCCUUCUAUGCAGCCUUUGGGAACAGAGAAAACGACGUGUUUGCCUACAAGCAAGUGGGCGUGCCCGUGUGUCGAAUAUUCACAGUGAACCCCAAAGGGGAGUUGAUCCUGGAGCAGGCCAAAGGCAAUAAAACAUCAUACAGCCGGCUCAGUGAGCUGGUGGAGCACGUUUUCCCUUUACGAAGUUCACAACACAACGCCACCUUCAGCUGCCCAGAGUUCAGCUCCUUCUGUUACUGGAGGCAGCCGAUCGCUGAGGUGUGUUUUGAGGAGCUGCUGUAACUUAAACUGAUGUGAAUGUUUCAGUGAAAUACUUGAAAUCAGGUUAACUGAACAGUUACGUCUGUACGCACUGGCUUAUAUUAUUGAUAGUUUUGUAAUUGUCAGUUUUUAGGCUACUGGAAUAGUUCGAUAUUGUCUUAGACACAUUCCACUUUAGGGGAAAAAGUUUGGGAUAUUUAUGUAUUCCUUAUCUUUUAAUGCACAUCAUCUUCUCACUCUGAGCUUACUCCCUUCAUGGUCUUGUGCUCUUGUGCUUGAGCUACAGUCAGGAGGUGUAUUUGAAGACUCUGUCAGCUUCUGGCACGCACCACAGCCAAAGUAUGACUUAUCAGUUAUUGUUCUUACCAUUUGCAUAGUUUUCCUGUUACAAAGCUUUAUGAGAAUAUAUUCCCUCAGCACUUACUCAGGCGGCGGAGGUGCUUUAACUGGCCACUGUUCGCUGUGAAACAAAAAUACUGACUGUACUGCUCUCGCUCUCUGACUCGUGAGCUGUCAUAAAAGUACAAGGUAAUAUAUAUAGCAGUUGUUUUCUUCCAUUUAAGGCCUUAUUCACUCUUUAAUAGUCUUCGUAGCUUAGUGAUUUUGCACUGUUGUGCUAUAAAGAAAAGAAUGUGAAAUAUUUGGCUCAUAGGUAAUAAUUGCAUCACUGCAAUUAUAAAAAAAAAAAGUCCUUUCUGUACUUUAGACACUGCUGCUGUUUGGUAUUAAGUAUUUUUCCAGAUGAAGAUUUAGUUAGUUAGACUGAUAGCAGACAACUAUUUUUGAUGAACUGAUCUUUGCGGGAUGUUUUUGUCAGACUUUGCCAUUGUACAGUAUAUUAAUGUUAUGCCUCGUUUUUUGUUAUGAUCAUUUUCACACCCAGCAGCUGCUGUAAGUAAAGAAAAUUGUGAAUUCUUUCUAUGAAAGUGAUUAACUUUUGUUAUUUCCUGGUUUUGUGGAGUCAUAUUUCACUUUUCAGUGAAGAUACUUUGCUGCUGCUUCAUGAGUUUUCAGUAGAUUGUUGUGAUUACCUCCUGAUAAUCCAGGUUACAUGAUGAUGUAACAAUAUAAGCACAAAGUAUGUUUUGGACGACUGUUUUAUGAAUGCAUUCAACUGUUUGAUCUGCUUUCUAUUUGUUAGAUAGUGUGAGGUGAGAAAACGUGAAUUAUUUAAAGUCAUUUUAUAGUUUAAGUAUAAACUCUGUACAUAUUAUAUUUACUGUGUUAUUGUAUUAAUGAACUGUUAAAUCAAAUGUUGGA